UAGGUACGUUACUCCAAAGUAUACCAGGUAUGAGCUGUCACAACUUCCGUAUUUUAACGUCAACGUACUGGUGAUUAGGUGCUCAAUUUUUUAUCAAAUCAAAUAUGAAAAUCGAUAUCCUAAGCUUUGCAAGGGGAUUUUUACAUUUUAUCUACAACGUUAACUUUCCUGUUUACCGAAAUUGAUUUCGAUAAAUACUUACUUUCAUGUUUACGAUUGGCACAUACAGAGUUUAAUAUAUAUUAUAUUAGGUACCUACGAUUGUUACUAAGCAUAGGAGUAUCUAACAACAUAUUUUUUUUAGUUGAAAAUAUCCUUAAAAGUGAUAGUGCUGGUACCAUCUCAAUUGUUCAAUUUUUCAUAAUUUUUUCAUUGAUUAAAAUUUAAAAUGAUUAAAUCGAGUUUAUUAUUGAUUUGCACGAUAUUCGUUUCGUUUCAAAAUGUUUACUCGCAAAUGGAUGAUUUUGGAGGACUCUUAGGAUCAUGCGUUGAACCAGGAAUAUCUACAAAUGGUUCUGUCUACGGCGAUAUUGAUGGAAAAUGGUAUACUCAUUGGGUAUUGGGCAAGUAUUCUCCUUUAAAAUUCUUCCAGUGCCAGUCUAAUAAGAUCGAUGUUAAAACACAAGAUCCUAAAGUCAUAAGUCGAUUUGCAAUAACAGCCAUUCCAUAUUCAUUUGAAUGGUACGGUAAUGUUAAACCACUCAACACGAGUCAAGGCGAAUAUACUUUCAAUUACGAUACUGUUCUAGGAUACAUUCCUCAAAAAACCGCUUUUCUACGAAAUUAUAGCGCUGGAGCAGCUUUAUUAUGGACUUGUUUAGACUUUCAAGUUUUUCAUUUCGAAAGUAUAUUGGUGAUGACGAAAUAUCAAGAUCCUACCGAUCCUCAUAUCGAUGAUAAGAUUUACCAGGACAUGGAAAAUACUCUCAAGAAAUCUGGAAUUUCUCCAAAGUCGUUUGUGAAAAUUGAUCAGUAUAAUUGUAAUUAAUUGUAAAAUCGGCCCAAAACAUGGAAAAUGAAAUAUGAAAAAAUGAAUGUACAUCAUUAUUUAUAAUUUAUGGAGUGUUUGAUUGUUUUAUUCAAUCAUUCCUAACUUAAAAAAAAAUAUAUUAUUGACAAUUUUUUAUUUCGGUAA